CUAGGAGAUGAGGACGUGGUUUGUCAGAGACACAGACAAAAGACAUUCGAGGUUGGUUUGUAUGGUACUGGUACGAAGAUGCUGGGGUUUGAAUGCCAAAAGAAAUGAGAUUCGGUAGGUGUGAUGUGUUCGCUAUGGUUUUCUCAAUGGCUGGGAAUCCCGGCUUUCCUCGUCCAUCACUGAUCACGAUUCAUAGUAGGAAAGCUGCGUGCCAGCUCGGGAUCUCUCUGCUAUCGAAAAUAAACCCGCCAUUCUCCAGCAGUGUUUCAGCGUUCGUCCCGUCCUGCUGUUUCUCUCCCGGUGGAAAGGAGAGAAAGGUGUCAGCGGGUUCACGCCAGCGCCUCACCCGAGAGAUCACUGCAGAACAGAAAGAGGUCCCGCGCCACAUUCUCCGAAUAACGGGAGAGGAGUCGUCCUGCAGAAGACGUGCAAGCGAACGGAAUCCAGACAAUGGGAAUUCCCAAGUACACCGUUUCAGCACAGAUACGUUUUGUGUUUCGCGCUAUUGACAACAUCUGUGUUUCCCAGCCGGCGCGAGUGCGAUUUAAGUACGCGCACAACAGGACCUCUGGGUUGUUCUCUAGGACCCUGCGGUUCUCACGCAAGGACUCAGGGUGUCACUGUCGGCCAAGGCGGAAAAGCGGCUCCGCCAUCGGCUCUUCUCCGACCCGCCUCCCGCUCAGUGCCUCUCCGCGCAGAGCAGAGCAGGACCUUCCCGACUCAGCCUGUCCUCCCGUCGGCAAGAGAUUUCGUAUAUUUAUUUCUCUCAGCUGCUUGGAAACUCCGAUUUAAAUUCGUCUGCAGAAUACGCUUCAGCAAAGCAGAGCAUGGAGAUGCGAGCGGCAGCCGCCAGGCGGGUCGCGCUGCUGUCCGCCUUGCUGCUGGGCUUGUGGUGCCGGGCGGCGGCGGAGCGGCUCCGCUACGCCAUCGCCGAGGAGCUGGGCAGAGGCUCGCUGGUGGGGCCGCUGGCGCGGGACCUGGGGCUGAGCCCGGCCGAGCUGCCGGCGCGCAAGCUGCGGAUAGUUUCUGGUGAUGAGAAGCAAUACUUCGUUCUCGGGGAAGAUAAAAAUCUGCGGGUAAACGAGAGGAUAGACCGAGAAGGCAUCUGCGGGGCAGUGUCUCCCUGUGUCCUCAGUUUGGAGGCAGUCGUGGAAAAUCCUUUCAAUAUAUUUCAUGUGAGCGUUACUAUCCAGGAUAUUAAUGACAACGCGCCGCAAUUUGACAGAGAAUUUGUUCUCAUAGUCGUGAUCGAGUCCACUCCUCCUGGGGCCAGAUUCCCGCUGGGCAGUGGAAGAGACCCCGACAUUGGGGUGAACUCAUUACAAAGCUACCAACUUACUCCCAAUCCGCUUUUCUCUCUUGUCGUAACAGAAAGUCCAGAUGGGACGAAACACGCCGAACUGGUACUGGAGAAAAGUUUAGAUCGAGAAAAACAGGUAACUCACCGUUUGAUACUAACAGCGGUGGACGGUGGGGAUCCAAUCCUAUCGGGGACGGCCGAGAUUCAGAUUAACGUGACCGAUGCAAAUGACAACCCUCCGGUAUUCACCAAAGAGGUCUACAAGAUUCGACUACUAGAAAACCUUCCAGAGGGCUCCUUAGCUUUUCAGGUAAAAGCUACUGAUGGCGAUGAAGGCACAAAUGCAGAAAUUACUUACUCUUUCAGUAACACCGCGAGUAGUGUUCGCAAACUCUUCACUUUGGAUCCCAGGACAGGGGAUGUGACGGUUACAGGCCCCUUAGAUUAUGAAGAAGGGAAAUAUUACGAAGCGAGCGUUGAAGGCAAGGACGGGGGCGGCCUGAGUGCGCACGCCAAAGUGCACAUAGACAUUCUAGACGUCAAUGACAAUGCACCAACCGUUUCUAUUCUACCUAUCUUGAACCCGAUACCUGAAGACGCGGUGACGAGCACAGUUGUGGCUGUAAUCAAUGUCCGUGACAGAGAUUCAGGGGAUAACGGGGAAGUGAGCUGCAACAUCGAAGAUGAUUUGCCUUUCAGACUAGAAUCAUCAUCAAAGAACACCUACAAAUUAAUAAUAGGCAGUGUCCUGGACAGAGAAACGGUCUCCACGUACAAUAUCACCGUCGCUGCCAGGGACCGGGGCGUGCCGUCGCUGUGGAGCCGCGCGUCACUGUCGCUGGAGGUGUCGGACGUGAACGACAACGCGCCGGUGUUCUCGGAGGCGGCGUACAGCGCCUACGUGUGGGAGAACAACGCGGCGGGCGCGCUGCUGGUGCGCGUGUCGGCGCGGGACUUGGACGCGGGCGCCAACGGGCGCGUGAGCUACUGGCUGGCGGGCGGGAGCGCGGUCGGGGCGUGCGCGGCGUCGUCGGUGUCGGUGGAGGCGCGGAGCGGCGCGGUGUACGCGCAGCGGUCGUUCGACUACGAGCAGUGCCGCGAGCUGUCGGUGUCGGUGCGGGCGCAGGACGGCGGGGCGCCGUCGCGGAGCUCGACGGCGACGGUGCGCGUCUUCGUGCUGGACCGCAACGACAACGCGCCGCGGGUGCUGUGGCCGGCGGCGGGCGCGGGAGCGGCGGGCGAGGCGGGUUUGGCGCCGGGUGCGGCGCCGUUCGAGGUGGUGCCGCGCUCGGCCGAGGCCGGCUACCUGGUGGCCAAGGUGGUGGCGGUGGACGCGGACGCGGGGCGCAACGCGUGGCUGUCGUACGAGCUGGUGCAGGCGGCGGAGCCGGCGCUGUUCCGCGUGGGGCUGCACAGCGGCGAGGUGCGCACGGCGCGGGCCGUGUCGGAGCGGGACGCGGCCAAGCAGCGGCUGGUGGCCUUGGUGAAGGACCACGGGCGGCCGGCGCUGUCGGCCACGGCCACGCUACACGUGGUGCUGGCCGAGAGCUUGCAGGAGGCGCUGCCGGAGCUGAGCGAGCGGCCGUCGGGCGCCGAGGCGGCGGCCGAGCUGCAGCUGGGGCUGGGGCUGGCGCUGGCGCUCCUCUGCGCCCUUUUCGUGCUCAGCGUGGCGCUGGCCGUGCUGGCGCGGCUGCGCGGGGCCGGGCCGCCCGCCGUGCUGCGCUGCCUGGGCGCGCAGCGCUUCUCCGGGGCGGGCGCCGCCUUCCCGGCCGACUUCUGCGAGGGCACCUUGCCCUCCUCCUACAACCUGUGCGUGGCGCCGGGCCGCGCCGUCGCCGACGUCGCUUGGCUGCCGCCGCCGCUGCCCAGCCUGCCUGCGGAGGAGCUGCUCGGCGGGGAGCCCUGCGGGAAGCGGAGCGAGAGCAGCAGCGCCGGCGCGGGAGAGCCGCACGACCACCCCGACGCACCGCAGGUCUGUAACCCGCGCUCUCACGCUCUUAUCCGCGAGUCUUUCUCAACCGCCGUUUUUUCUCCCCUUUUUAUCUUGAUGUUGUGAAUGUCAACAGAACCGUUGGUUCUUUCCAUUUCAGUAUCAAACUCUGAAUGAAAACGUGUCUGUGUGUCUCGGGAAAUGUCAUAUUCUUCAUUCCUAGUUAAUGACAGUCGUCCAGACUUAGAGCGGAUGGUGCUGCUGAAACGGUAGUGGCAGUAGCAGCAGGGAUUAACUUUUUCUGGCCGGGAAAUGCCGAUUCGUGUCUCCACGGAGGAAGUAAUGAAGGAAUGAGCGGGGUAUUUAUCCCCCUUCCAGUACCAGCAGAUAUUAAGCGGCAGCACUACUUGUUCCUUUAGUGGUGAGAGGUUCAACUGAGAAGUUUAGACUCCUCCUUGUUCUGAAUUAGGAACAGCGGAUGUGGUGAAUGAUGGAUUCUGCGAGACGGAGUAGGGAAGAUGUGGUCUUUCAAACCGCCGUCCUCUUUUCCGCUGGGUUUUGUCACGCAGUGGGAAUGGGGGAUGCUGAUCCGUGUGUCUGGGAAGAAAGGAAAGAUCGAUAUAUUUCCCUUCUGUUCCGGGCAGACAGUUCAGCCGCGGCACUCUUCGGUGUCUUCAGUGGUCACAGGUUCAGAUUCAGCGGAGACGUCUUGUCUGCAACACUUGUGUUACGAUCCUGUCGGUUUGUAUCAGUGAAUCCUUACUGUGUCGAACGAGAUCAGCUGAUUCUACCCGAUAGACUCGAGAUUGGCGCUUAAUGUUGGAGGUGUUUCCUUCCUGAUCGAUUUUUCCUGAAACGCUGUACUUGGACCUGGUUGAUAGCUGGAUGCAAACUACCCGGUGUAUGCCUUUUCGAUAUGAGACUGAAGGAAAACGUGUAUGUGGCUCCAUGAAUGGAGAAAUUACGGCUGGCUCCUCCCUGGUGAACGUUCCUCCUUCGUCGAGUGCCCUCUCACCUUCUGGAGGAAGGCUACUGCAGGAACGGCAGCUGAAAUAGGACAGAUAAAUUGUAUUCAGGCAUGAUUUCUCGGAGAUCUUUGUGCAGUUAUUUCUCAUUGCUUUUUCUUGGGUAGUAGAUCCAUCUUUUAUACCUUCCUCACCUCAUGCAUAGGUGAAAACGUAGAAUGCAAGCUCUAGAAAAAAUAACAUGUAUCGCCUCUUGUAUUUCAAACUGGCUCUUCUCUUCUCCUACAGGACAACAUUUCCUGCCAACAUGGUUAUUCAAGGAUCAGAUAAAUUACUGAUAAACGUCAGUGUCUUAACCGUCAUUUUUAAGACAAUCAAAGCCUUUUCACUGUCGUUCAGGCUGUAGGGUUAUUUGGAUAACUAUAAACGUGUAUAAACAAUGUGAAAAAGAACUUUCUGCGGACCAUGAAGAAAAAGAAAUCACACAUUGAGCUUUCAAGAGUUUAAUGCUGUAGCCAUUAGCUCUGUGACGUUACUGAAGCAUAUAAUUGCACUCAUCCAGUUCCAAAAUAAACUAACUACUCCUUCGGCAUUGCCUGAGACUCCUUGUUUCCUUUUGUGGGAACUGACCGCACCUUCUUCAGCCUUUAAAUGUCUGAUCUCAGUCGAUGUUGGUGGAGCUGUUAAUCUGGACGUGUUCCGUAUGAACUGAAGUAGUUCAGGAAGAGUUCUUGGUGCUGGGAUUAAUGUGCGGGACAGCUCUGGCGGGUGUUGUGUGUAUGUGAAUUUUUCAUUUCUCUUUCAGAGCCCAUUCUCUUUGGCUCUCCUUCUACCACCCAUUCUAGAAUCGUGGUUUUGGACUAAAAUGCUUAAAGAGUCUUAAUAUUUUGCACCAAGCUUGGUUGUUACUAAAUAUGGUGGUCAGGAUUGUGGUUUUAGAAUAAUGGCGAAAGAGUCUCCACCUUCAAAUAAGAAGAAAUAUUUUAGUUUACAUACAUGGCUAUUACCCGUGCGGUAAAUCCGCGGCUGCAUUAGAGGGGGAGGUGUCUCCAUGGCUACUUUGUUCUAUUGGUUGGGAUAAGGAGAUUUAGUGUGGCCGCGUGAUGCCGCUAGGAUCUUCUGGAAGAGUGAGGGAAAAGUCAUUGAAACCCGACUGCUACAAAAACUGUGACAUUCCUGGUGGAGAUUCUGCUUUCGGACUGAUGGGAUAAGGUUCCCGGUGUGUACUUCGUGAUGUUUUCCUCUUUAUAUAUGGCCAUUUCAAGCGCUCGGUUGCUGGUCAUCGGUGGGUGCGUGCAGUGCCGGGAGGAGGCUGCGGGCGCCGCUGUUGACCGAGGAGGAGCGGUCGG